GUGAAUGCUAAACGAGGAGAGGCAGCGAACUUUCGCAGGCCUUGUGCUUCACUCGGCCGUUCUUGGAUUUGUGCAGGAGUCAUGUAUAAGGCGUGAUGGGACGAGGGGAUCAAGGCUAUUGGCCAGACAUACAAAUUAUGCGAGUUCGAACGAGAGGACGAUCGAUCUUACGAGCUUGGAGCGAAAGCGACGCCAAAGUUUCGACCAGCGAACGGGAGAAGAAAACGAAAGCGACCAGAACGAGCAGACCAAAUUGGUUCCAAAGAAUUAAGAUAAAAAACCACUCACAGCAUGAACGUAAAGAGCGUCGUUGUAGGGUCCAUGAUGGGAAGCUAGAAAAAAGGCGAAAGCCCGAGUCAAAUAGGGUCGCGGGGUGUAAGUCUCAAUUGAUGGAAUGUUUGUCCCGCUGCGCCGCGUAUGUUGGUACGGGUAAAGCUGGGGAGGCUUGGAGCUGCACGUUGGCCCGGCCGGCGUGGUGUAAGUCGACUUGGCCCGCGUUGGUUGGGAUACCACAGUCUAAUUCGAUAUCAAUGAAACGCCAGGAGCAGUCCCAUUCUGUCUGGAUAGACGCAGAGCAGCACCGGGUUGAGGACAGGCGAGUCAGAUUUGAAAUUGAGGGACAGGGUGGGCGGCCAAUGGAGGGGACCGGAUGCGCGAGGAAGCGCCGUGUUGGUGAUCUGGAAGGGUGAAGUCGAUCGCUGACUGGCGAGCGCUUAGAGAAACAAGCGGACGGGACCUGGGCAUGCAGAGCAAAGACGGCAAAGCAGGUA